AGGUCAGGCGCCCCAGGCCGGGUCGCGGCGCCAUUGCGGCGGCCCCUGCGGAGCGAGUGCGGCCGUGCCUCCCGUCGGGGUAGCCCCGAAUGUUACAUGACAUCUCUGUUGCUUGGUGAGUAAUCAGACAUGUAAACAGGACCUCAAGAAUCAAGCUACAUUUAAAGAAGACUUACUUAGAAACACUGGAGAGGACACCAUGGAGUGCAAGACUGAGGGAAAAGAAAAAUACCAACACAGCUUGAAUUUACUGAAUAAAAUUAAGAACAUGAAAGAACUAGCAGAGAUGAUUGAUGUUGUACUCAUCGCAGAAGGGGAGAAAUUCCCUUGCCACAGGCUCGUUCUGGCUGCAUUUAGUCCUUAUUUCAAAGCGAUGUUUACCUGUGGACUACUUGAGUGUACUCAGAGGGAAGUCGUACUUUAUGACAUCACAGCAGAAAGUGUGUCGGUGAUAUUAAAUUAUAUGUACCACGCGGCUUUGGAGAUCAGUAACGCCAAUGUACAGACUGUGGCUGUGGCCGCCUAUUUUAUGCAGAUGGAGGAGGUCUUCAGUGUGUGUCAGAAGUAUAUGAUGGACCGUAUGGAUGCCUCGAACUGUGUGGGUAUCUAUCAUUUUGCAAAGCAGAUUGGAGCUGAAGAUUUAGCUGAUCAAUCGAAGAGGUAUUUAUAUCAGCACUUUGCUGAGGUGAGCUUACAUGAAGAGAUACUAGAAAUUGAAGUGCACCAAUUUCUGACGCUUAUUAAAUCAGAUGACCUGAACAUAUCCAGAGAGGAGAGCAUUCUGGACCUAGUUCUGAGAUGGGUAAAUCAUAACCGAGAACUGCGCACAGAGCAUCUUGCGGAACUUCUGAAGCAAGUUAGGUUGCAACUGGUAAAUCCUUCUUCUUUAAGACAAGCCCUGAAAAGGAACACAAUGCUUCUGUGUGAUGCAAAUUGCAUUGACAUCAUUCAAAACGCAUUCAAAGCCAUCAAGACCCGUCAACAGCACUCUCUCAAUCUUCGUUAUGGCAUGGAGACUACCAGUCUUUUGCUGUGCAUUGGCAACAAUUCUUCAGGAAUCAGGUCGAGACGUAGGAACUACGGAGAUGCCAGUUUUUGCUAUGAUCCUGCAUCGCGCAAGACCUAUUUCAUCUCAUCUCCCAAGUAUGGGGAGGGUUUAGGCACUGUGUGUACUGGUGUUGUCAUGGAAAACAACACUAUCAUUGUGGCUGGAGAAGCAAGUGUCUCUAAACUCUCCAGACAGAAGAGCAAGAAUGUGGAAAUCUACAGGUAUCAUGAUAGAGGAAACCAGUUUUGGGAAAAGUUAUGCACAACAGAAUUUCGAGAGCUCUAUGCUCUGGGCACCGUCCAUAACGACCUCUAUGUUAUAGGAGGACAGAUGAAAGUUAAAAACCAGUAUCUUAUUACAAACUGUGUUGAUAAGUACUCUGUAGAACGAGACACUUGGAAAAGGGUGUCCCCCCUUCCACUACAGUUGGCGUGUCAUGCUGUAGUAACAGUGAAUAAUACACUUUACGCGACUGGAGGCUGGACCCCUCAGAUGGAUCUUCCUGAUGAAGAACCUGAUCGAUUAAGCAACAAGCUGUUGAAGUAUGACCCCCGCCAAGACCAAUGGACAGAGCAGGCGCCCAUGAAGUACUCAAAGUACCGAUUCAGCACAGCUGUGGUCAACAGUGAGAUUUAUGUUCUGGGUGGAAUCGGCUGCACAGGUCGAGACAAGGGUCAGGUUCGGAAGUGCCUUGACGUGGUGGAGAUCUACAACCCGGACGGGGACUUCUGGAGGGAGGGCCCACCCAUGCCCAGCCCCCUGCUCUCACUUCGCACCAAUUCUACCAAUGCAGGAGCCGUGGACGGGAAGCUGUACGUCUGCGGGGGCUUCCACGGAGCAGAUCGCCACGAAGUUAUCUCCAAAGAGAUAUUGGAGCUGGACCCCUGGGAGAACCAGUGGAAUGUCAUAGCCGUCAACGCCCUCAUGCACGACAGCUAUGAUGUCUGCCUGGUGGCGAGGAAGAAUCCCCGCGACCUCAUCCCCCCGCCUUCAGAGUCAGUGGAGGAGGGUGGGGGGCACUGAGGUCUGUGCCUCUGUAGGACCCCCGAGGUGUCUGCCAAGGAGGCACUAGGGAUGGAGAGCCCACAGCAUGUGUGGGACGUGUGCGUUGCAUGUGUCGCGACCCUGUGCAGAGUGGCGUGCGCUGGGCGCUGCAGGGGGUGUGUGCAGAGUCCGCCCUCCGGUACCCAGGCUUUGCAGUGUCUUCCCCAAGCUUGGAGGGUAAGGAUGGAACCGCCUGCUUCACCCACAGUUGAACAGAAUCAGAAAACAGCUGCUCCCAAAAUAUAAUUUAGGGAUGACAUUUAAACAACACAUAGAAAUCCAUCUAUUUUACUUAUUGUCUAUGCUUCUGGAAGCCCAGUGGAUUCAAAGAAUGCAUUUUGGUAGCUAUUCUUCACCAAUUUCCCAGGAGUUUCACAGGCACAAGGCUCUUGUUUAAGCAGGAACGGUCGGUAAAUUCCCUAGAGCUUUCCAGGGGAAGACCAUCCUAGACUGAGACACUUCUUCAGUGCAGAGCUGUGUGACUGUCAUGACCGCUCCCCGUGUCCCCAGGUUCCAGCUGCUAACCCAGGCAGGAGGGACAGAUCCAUGGAAGCUGGAGCCAGUUGGAAACCUGCUUCUGCCACCACAGAACAGGACCAGUCAGACCCAGGGCGGGCUAUCCCGAGUAGGCUAGACCCUCAGAAGGCAGGGCCACACCUGUGUCUUUGCAGGUGUAUCCCAAGUGCCCAUGGCAGUGCCUGGUACAUGCGUGGGUCUUUGGGUGGUCAGCAUGGGGAUGCCCCUGCUCCAGUCAUGUGACCACAGUGGAAGCUGCCAGUCUCCCUGGAUGGCGUCGGCGGGGGGGGGCCUCGUAGGAGGGCCGUGACUUUUCUAGAUGCACUGAGUUCGGGAUCUAGGCUCUCGUCCCAGCUCUGCUUCUUAGCACGCUGCAUGAUCCUGGGCAGCCCAGCCCUUCUAAAGCCUUAUUCUCCUCCCGUGCAGAAUGGGAAGGAAAGUGCUCCCUAGGGUUGGUGGAGCAUUGAGUGAGAAAGCGCUGAGCACACUGUCCGUGAGACGCGAAACAGGAAGCGUUCUUUAGCUGCUGCUACUUUCCUUCUCAUUAUCGUCGUAAUCAGCAUCUCCCGAAGCGCAGUGCCCAGAACCCCCGGGCUUGGCGUGGCGUCCUGGGGUUCCAGGGAGAGACGUGCGUGGGGCCUGAGCUCGCUCUGAAGCCCCGGCCCCUCCAGGUCCAGGUGGGGUGCUGACAGCCCAGGGUUUCUUUUCGGCCCUGGAUGCUGCUCGGCUGACCCGUAUUUGUAACUCCGCCCUCCUGCUGUUGGAUAGCGUGAGAGAUUCUGCCUCAAACUUUUCCCUGUCUUCCCUGUCUUCACCUUAAUUGAAGGCUGUCCCAAUGUGGCACGGGGGACUCCUAAAACUGGGACUGUCUGCUAGUUCUGCUCCUUGUGAGACAGGACGGUUAGGCGCUGAGCAGGGGGCACGGGGGAAGUGGUCCGGAUGCUGACAGGAGCUGCAGCUGCCAGUCACGCCGGCUCAGUCUGUGCUCGUCAAGGAGGCGUCACUGUUCUCACUGAUUGACUUCAUAAUGAGCAAAUGCUCUAAAAUGAAUAUUAAAUAAAAUGUCACUGAUGGAAGAUCGCUUUCAUUUUGGUUUUCGUACUGCAAUCCAAUGUAAUUUUCAUCUGAGGAGGGGACGCUCAGCACUUCCUGGGCAGGAACCAGAGUCAGGGAUGACCAGCCUCAAGGACAUCGGGAGCGAGGCCCAGAGGCCAGGACGUGUGAGGUGGGCAAGGGCAGGAGGGGUGCGGUUCCCAGGGUGGCUGAAGCACCGGAAGAAGCCAAGACAAGGAGAUGGGGCCACACAGAAGACCCCCAAGGCCACCCCAAGAGCCCGGCCUUUGUGUGUCAGCCACACACCUCCCGGUGAGGAAGUCCUUUAAGACCGUCCCCCACAGUCCAGUGUAUUCGAGCAGGAUGACAGCAGACACAGCAGAUGGGCAGGAGGCCUCGCGGGAGCCCGUGUCUCAGCUGAACCAGCCCCAUAGCAGUGGGAGCCGUGCAGGGCCAGUGCAGCCGGAUGGAGGGCAUCAGCAGUCUGCCGCGAGUCAGAGCCGGAGAUGCCGGCACUUUGAGCACAAGAGCACAGUGGGUCAGCCAAACCCAAAGACCAGAAAAUCUUUCAAAGGGUGGCGCCCCCUCCACCAGGGCUCCUGAGAGAGAGCCCCGACCGGAUGGCCUACGCUGUCCACCCCAGGCCCGGCUGGAGCGCCAAGAGAGAAAAGCUGCGGGGUGCACAGUCAAGGCACCCCACUUCUCCGCCAACACCAGCACACCCCGCCGGGGGGCCCCGGCUCUUCUUGUUCCCAGCUCACUGGCCAUCGCAAUCCCGUUCCCGUCUCCGGCGGUCAGCUUAGCACAACACGUGGACCAUUCAGGGAAGGAGACAUAAGGGAGCUCUACGGAGGGGCUUCGGGGAGAGGCCUUCUUGCUCUUUGACAGAGAAGGCUCUGUGGGCUCUUCCGCUGAGACUUUUCUAGGCUGCGGGCCCCCUGGAACUGCAGAGACUGCGCCGCCAUGAGGAGCGGGCUGCAGCCGGUCCACAGAGCCAGGCGGGACGGGGGAUGGAAAGGCCCCGGUCCUGGGCAACACAGCAGAGCCACAGAAUGAACCAGCCACAGGACUUCCUGCUAGAUGCUCACUGUUAGGAUAAAUGUUCCUUAUUGUUCAGGCUGCCUGGAGUUACUUGCAGCCUGCGAUUUCCGAACGAUACUCCAGCCUUCCUCUGCCAAAGUCGCUUUUUCCUGGGAGGACACAUGUCACCUCUGCCAAAGGGGAGGGCUCAGCCCUGGUCCCUGGGACGUCUGGUGAUGAGGUGCUUUGGUUCUUGCGGUGAGGAGAGGUGUGCACGCCUGGUGAGUGCCCGUGGUUCACGAUCCCGAGCCAUUUCUUAGCUAUCUCUAGGAUACUUCUUUUCUCUCUGACCUUUACACGUUGUUGAUUACUGCAUAUCCCACCCACCACGUGUUUUUGUAAAUAAAUUUUAUUGGAACACA